AAGAAGUUAGAUCUACAUGGCCAGUGGCGUGACUACAGUGGACUGCGAGAAACAGGUGAGAUCAUGGAGGCUGCUACGUUCUCUCAUGCAACUACUAAUCCCCACAUGCAACUGCGCCACCAUUAUAGAAGACGACCAAGAUCUAACAACAACAACAAACGAGACCCUCCGAAACACAAGAAGCAAAUAUUAUAAUUAUUAUACACCAUCGUCAUCAUCACUGAUGAGCUCCACCACCAAUAUCACAGGCACGAUCUUCGGAUACCGCAGAGGAAAGGUGAGCUUCUGCAUUCAGGCAAACGCCAACUCCAACAACCCAAUUCUCCUCCUGGAGUUGGCAGUUCCAACAGCCAUCUUGGCCAAGGAAAUGAGAGGAGCAACCCUCAGAAUCGCCCUAGAGAGCGGUCGUGGUGAUGGUGACGACGACGGCAAAGCAGACACACUUUUGUCGACGCCUUUGUGGACCAUGUACUGCAAUGGGAGGAAAGUGCGGUAUGCCGUUAAGCGGAGGCCCUCCAACACUGAUUUCGAGGCGCUGAGGUUGAUGGGUUCGGUAGUUGUCGGAACCGGGGUUAUGAAGUGCAAGGAGUUGGUGAGUUGGAAGAAAUUAGAAGAAGAUGAUCAACUAAUGUACCUUAGAGCGAGCUUUAAGAGGGUUCGUGGCUCAGACAACUGUGAAUCUUUCCACUUGAUUGAUCCAGAGGGAGACAUCGAUCAGGAGCUUAGUGUUUUCUUUUUUAGGUCCAGCUGACCUU